UCUUUCUCUGCUGUUUCAUCACAUGCGUUCACUAAGAACAAAAAAACAAUUCAUUCUCUGGUUUACCCUUUUGGAUCUAUCAUCUCAUCUGCAAAGAGAAUCCAGGAAUCAAUCCUCUGUGUUUUGUCUCUGUUGAUGGCUGCCACAACAACCGAUGGAAACGAGAUUAGCAGGGAAGAGGUUCAAGCAGCCAUUGCAAAGGCAGUAGAGCUCAGAGCUCUUCAUGCUGUUCUUAUGCAAGGAGGGAACAUGAACAUGAACAUGAACAUGAACAUCUCCAACCUCAGAUUGCCGGCUGCCGCACACCAUGCUCCCCAAUUCUCCGGCCAUGAUUACCCUGUUUUCACUCCGAGUUAUGAAGAAGAUGCUCCAUGGCCGACAUGUUACCAGCAACUACAAUUGGAGAACAGCUCAACAGUUUCAGAUUGUUGGAAUGAUUAUGUUAACGGGAAGAAGACUGUUAAUAGUCAUGAUGAUCCAAUCAUCAAUUCCUAUUGCAAGACAGUGGAUUCGUUUUCAAUUAAGAAAUCAUUGCCAUCUGAUGAUCACAAUUCUAUUGCCAAUUCCACUGUAAUAAUAUCUCCCAGCCAUAGCCGCAGCCGCAGCCAGGAUUUCUGCAAGCACACAAACAGGAGGAAUUCCUGCAACAAAUGCAAUCCGGCUAUUAUUUCCAUUGAGACAGAUAGUUCGGCCAAGAAAGUCAAGAGCUCCAAAUCCGUCGUGCCAUUGAUAGAAUCCCAUUCUUCAGUCCAAACCCAUCAAAAGAAUCGCGGGAUCAAUUUCUCGUGGCUGCGCUUGAAGAAGAAGAAAAACAAGAUCGAAGAAACUACCUCACCGAACAGAACGACAGCAGAAUCGGACAGGGUUUCUCAGAUAUCGAAGGAAACGGAGAUAGUGUCAAUUGAGAUGUUAAAGAAGGAGCUUGUAGAAGCUCAAGAGAGUCGGGCAACCGCCUUACAAGAAGUUUCCGGAAUGAAAUCGUCGCUGGAAGAGCUGAAAUUGAAAUUGGAAUACUUGGAAACAUACUGUGAGGAACUCAAGCAAGCUCUAAAACAAGCGAUCCAAACCCAAUCAUCGAAUGAAUCUAAUAAGCUCGAUUCUCUUCCCGAAAGAGGAGAAUCUCUUCCCGUUAUGCCCGUUAGCGACGAAGUUAUGGUGGAGGGAUUUUUGCAGAUAGUAUCCGAAACAAGAUCAUCGGUGAAGCAAUUCUGCAAGACUCUGAUAACCCAAAUCGACGAAACAGAUCAUAAUUUAACCGAAAGUCUCAAUAGUCUUCUAAAACCAUACAAACUAAGUCUAGAUUCAAAGUUUUCAAAGGCAGUUCUUUACCAUCUAGUUGCCAUCAUAAACCAGGCACUAUUCCAAGAUUUCGAGAACUCUAUAUUCCAAAAGAACGGAUGCCCAAAAUUCUUGGAUCCGAACGAAGACCAACAAUCCCAAUUCGCGUCGUUUGUGGGUCUGAGAAACCUGAGCUGGAAUGAGGUUCUGAGGAAAGGGACGAAGUUCUACAGUGAAGAGUUCAGCAGAUUCUGCGACCAGAAGAUGAGUGGGAUCAUAAGUGGGUUGAGUUGGACGAGGCCAUGGCCGGAGCAGAUGUUGCAGUCGUUCUUUGUAGCGGGGAAGUGCGUUUGGUUGCUUCAUUUGCUGGCGUUCUCGUUUAGCCCUCCAAUUGGGAUAUUGAGGGUUGAGGAGAAUAGAGGUUUUGAUCCACAUUACAUGGAGGAUUUGUUUAUGGAGAAAAGGAGAUCGAAUGGGCCUUACAGAGUCAAGGCUAUGGCCAUGCCUGGGUUUUAUGUGCAGGAUAGGGUUCUUAAGUGUAAAGUUAUUUGCAGGUAUAAUAAUAAAUCAAUCACAUAGCAAUAAUAAUAUCAUAAUUCCCUUUUAUGCUUCUUUUCUUAAUAUGAUUAAUUAGUAUUUUAGCUAGGGAGAAUUAUAUAUUCUAAUGCUUGUUUAUGUGAUGAAUGAAUUGCUUUUUGUAUAAUGUUGGAUGUUAUGAGAUGAGGGUCUAUUUGUUUAGAGA